AUGAAAGAGGGUCAGACGGCUGACCAGCAGGUUUCCAAAGUCGUGGAAAGAUCGAUCGAAACCUUGGUGGACCUCUCGAAGAGCUGCGGGGAACUUCGUUCGGAGAACGAACGCCUGCUCGCAGAGGCGGCUGAGCUUCGUGGUGCCCUGGCCAGGAUGAAGGAGGAGCAGUUGGAAUCUGCACCGUUGGAACUGGAGCCUAUGAUGAGAACCAUCGACACGAUCACGGUACCGGAAUACGUCGACAUCUCUGAGCUACUGGAGAAGCUGAAGAACUGCGAAGACACAGUGGCCGACCUGAGGAAACAGCUAGAUGACAAGGACAGCUUGAUAGACUCUCUGAACAAAGAAUUGGAGACGAUGGUCAGUCAAAUGGGUCUGCAGGAGCAGAUAGAAGCCAUGGCUGAGGAACUUAAGAGGAAAGAUGAGAAGGUACCGGUCGAAAGUAACAUCACCGAGCUACUAAACACUCUAAGACAAUCAGAGAUAGACUUGCUCGGUUUAAGUGGUCUGAAAUCCGAUCUGGAGAACCUGAAACCAGAACUGCAAACUCUGAAACUAGAAAAAUCCGAGUUGCUAGACGAAUUAUCCCGUCUACGUGAAGCACUGAAGGACAGGAACGAUCAGAUCAUAGACAUCCUAGAACAAAAGGACAAGCUCGAACGAGAACACCAUGCCAGGCUCUCGGCACUGCAGUCUAGCCUCGACGAGGCGUUGGCCGGUCAAACGACCUUGAACCAGGAGAUCGACGAUCUGAAGGCUCAGAUCGCCAAUCUGACGAACGAGCUGGCCCAGUGUAACAGACGGAACGAGGAGCUCGAGGAGUGUUGUCAAGACAGGGAUGCUCUUGCGGAGAAGGUUCUCGGCCUGGAAGACGAUCUGGCUACCGCGAGGGACACGGUAGCGAAUCUCGAGACAGAGGUGGAGACCCUGAGGUCGGACAAGGAAAAGUUGUCAGAGGAGCUGGACGAGGCGAGGAAACAGGUGGAGCUGCUGACCGGGGAGCUGGAAGACGAGAUGGCUGCCAGGUCCACGUUGCAGAAGGAUCUCGGGAGUGCUCGGGAUGAGAUUGAAAAGUUGCAGAAGGAGAAUUUGGAUCUAAGAGACCAGAUCGAGAAACUUCGCGAAGCGUUGGGGGAGUCGGAGAAGCUGGCCGAGGAGAACGAAAAGUUAAGGGCUCAGUUAGAAGAGCUGAGGAGCGAGAACGAAGGUCUGACGAAGAGGAUGGGCGAGCUGGACGAUUUGAAUAAUCGACUGAAGAACGAGUACGACAGCAUGAAGCAAGCGUUGGGCAAUUUGGAAGCGGAGGUCAACAGGCUGGAGGAUGAACUGAGCAGGGCGGUGCAAGAACGCGACGCGUUGCUGAAUGAGAAUAACGACAUCAGAGGGCGGCUCGAACAGGCGAUAGCUGAGAACGAGGCUCUGAUAGCUAGACUGGACGAGGUCGCUGCACAACUUGAUAAACUGAAGUUGGAGAAGGAAGAGCUACAGAUGAGUCUCGACGAGAUGGGGAAGGAGAACGAUUUGCUGAAACGAGACGCGAAGGCGUUAAGGGACGACCUUGAGGAGCUGAAAGCUGCUGGCGACGCGCUGAGAGCGGCGGACGGGGACAUGAAACUCGUAUUGGACAAAUUGGAACGGGACAUGAAGGAUCUGAAGGCGGAAAGGGACCGUCUGACGAGCGAGAAUGCGGAUCUAAAAAGUAAAAUCUCGGAAUUAGAAGGGAAACUAGCAGAGGCUAGAGAGAAGUUGGAGAAAGCGACGUCAGAGAAUGCAGAUUUGUUGAAGGAAGUGAAACGUCUGCAGGGUGAAUUGGAGAAGGCUUUGGGCGAUACAGAGCAACUGAGAUUAGAGGUACAGUCGUUGACGGAAGGCCUGGACAAGUGCGUGGACGAGAUGGAGAAGCUGAUGACAGAAAACACCGAGCUUAAGUCAGAGAACGAGGCUUUGAAGUCCGAAAAGGAUCGCUUGUCCGACGAGAAUGCCGAUCUGAAGAUCAAGAAUUUGGAGUUACAACAGAGGUUCGAUGAUAUCACGAAAGAGUUGGAUAAGUCGAAAUUUGAAAACUCCGAUCUGCUAGCUGAGAUAGAUCGUCUGAGAAAUGAAUUGGAAAUCGCGCUGAACAACAUCGAGCAAUUGAAAUCCGAGAUAGGUUCGUUGAAAGAAGCCCUCGACAAGUGCGUGGGCGAGAUGGAAAAGCUGAAAGUGGAGAACCAAGAUCUCAAAACGGAGAAUCACCAGCUCGAAACGGAGAAUCACCAGCUCAAAACGGAGAAUAACGGACUCAAAACGGAGAACCAGUCUCUGCAAUCUGAAAGGGAUUGUCUGGCAAACGAAAACGCCGAUCUGAAGGCCAUGAACUCGGAAUUGCAGGAAAAAUUGGAGAACGUAGCGAAAGAGCUGGAUAAGACAAAGUCAGAGAAUGCUGAUUUGCUCGGCGAAAUAAAUCGUUUGGAACGGGAAUUGAAGGAAGCCUGGGAGGACAUCGAUCAAUUGAAAUCCGAGAUGGAUUCGCUGAAAGAAGAGCUCGACAAGUGCGUAGGCGAGAUAGAAAGGUUGAAUGCAGAGAACAACGACCUCAAAUCGACGAAUCAGGAUUUGAAGUCUGAAAUUCAGGGGAUUAGAGGCGAAGGGGACAGUUUGGCUGUGGAAUUAAGUAAACUGAAAGACGAGAAUUCGGUUUUGAAAGCUGAGAGGGACCUAUUGAGCAAGCAAUUGACAGACGCUUUGGCGGAAAACGAAAAACUGAGAAUGGCCAAGGCUGAACUAAAGGCUGAGAACGAGAAGCUGAAAGAAGAGCUUGACAAGUGUGUGGAUGAGAUGCAAAGGCUGAAUACCAAGAACAACGACCUUAAAUCGGCGAAUCAGGCUUUGAACAUUGAAAUUCAGGGAAAUAAAGACGAACUGGAUAGUUUGAUCGUGGAAUUAAGUAAACUGAAGGACGAGAAUUCGGUUUUGAAAGCUGAGAGGGACCAAUUGAGCAAGCAAUUGACAGACGCUUUGGCGGAAAACGAAAAACUGAGAAUGGCCAAGGCUGAACUAAAGGCUGAGAACGAGAAGCUGAAAGAAGAGCUUGACAAGUGUGUGGAUGAGAUGCAAAGGCUGAAUACCGAGAACAACGACCUUAAAUCGGCGAAUCAGGCUUUGAACAUUGAAAUUCAGGGAAUUAAAGACGAACUGGAUAGUUUGAUCGUGGAAUUAAGUAAACUGAAGGACGAGAAUUCGGUUUUGAAAGCUGAGAGGGACCAAUUGAGCAAGCAAUUGACAGACGCUCUGGCGGAAAACGAAAAACUGAGAACAGCCAAGGCUGAGCUAGAAGCUGAGAUCGAGAAACUCAAAGAAGAGCUUGACAAGUGUGUGAACGAAAUAGAAAGGCUGAAUACCGAGAAUAACGACCUUAAAUCGGCGAAUCAGGCUUUGAAGUCUGAAAUUCAGGGACUUAGAGGCGAAGGAGACAGUUUGGCUGUGGAAUUAAGUAAACUGAAGGACGAGAAUUCGGUUUUGAAAGGUGAGAGGGACCAAUUGAGCAAGCAAUUGACAGACGCUCUGGCGGAAAACGAAAAACUGAGAACAGCCAAGGCUGAGCUAGAAGCUGAGAUCGAGAAACUCAAAGAAGAGCUUGACAAGUGUGUGAACGAAAUAGAAAGGCUGAAUACCGAGAAUAACGACCUUAAAUCGGCGAAUCAGGCUUUGAAGUCUGAAAUUCAGGGACUUAGAGGCGAAGGAGACAGUUUGGCUGUGGAAUUAAGUAAACUGAAGGACGAGAAUUCGGUUUUGAAAGGUGAGCGAGACCAAUUGAGCAAACAAUUGACAGACGCUCUGGCAGAAAAUGAAAAACUGAGAAUAGCCGAGGCUGAGUUUGAAACUGAGAACGAGAAGCUGAAAGAAGAGUUGGGCGAGUGUAAGGGAGAGAAUGACAGGUUGAAGGACGAGCUUGAUAAAUUAAGGGACCAAUUGCGAUCGUUGAACGACGAAUUGGAUGGGUUGAAGGGUCAGCUGGCUGAAGCUGAGGACAAGAUUCGAUCUCUGGAGCCGCUGGUCUCUAGUUUGCAGGCAGAGAACGAUAAAUUGCGAAACGAUUUGGCGGCAGUGGAGGACGAGGCGAGAGGCUUGAGGACGAGAGUGGGUAGAGAAAUGGACGACAAUGAGAGGAUGAGGAACGAUAUGAAGAUACUGGAGGAUCAGGUGCAAGAGCUGAGUAAGAAACUGGACAACGUUAGGGCCGAGAACGAGGCGUUGAAGCAGGAAAAUCUGGCUCUCAAGGAGAGAUUGGCAGUUGCUGAGGGAUACUUGUCUGAUUUGAAGAUAGAAUGCGCGGAUUUGAAAUCGGAAAUCGCGGAUUUGAAGAAAUUAAUAGAGGAAUUGAGAGCGAAAAUCGCGCAGCUGGAGGCAGAUGUGGAUCAUUGGAAAAUGGAGAAUUGUAAGCUUCAGCUGGAGAUCGAUAAGUUGAAAGCUGAUCUCGAGAAAGCGUUGAAAGAUUUGAGCGAGAGUCAGGCUCUGAGAAAGGCUCAAGAGGCAGAGCUGAACCGUCUACAGACAGAGAAAGCCGAUCUCCAUAAAAAGCUAGCCGAUCUAAGUUCCGAGAUGGAUCAGCAGAAGAGAGCUCUAGGGGCAGAGAAAUCAGCCAAAGACAAAGCAAACUCAGAAAUCUCUGCUCUGAAAGACGAGCUGGAAGCACUGAAAAAAGAAUUAGAAAAAUUGCGAGGGGACAACAACAAGUUGAGAAACGAAAUCGACGAUCUAGAGAAACUUCUCUCAGCAACGAGGAAAGAACUGAACGAUGCCAAAGAAGAGAUCGCUGCUCUGAGAAACGCGAACAGCGCGUUGCGAUCCGAAUUGGACGCUCUGGAGAGCUUAAAGAACGAGCACGACAAGCUGAAAACCGAGCUGGAAGCUGUGGAAGCUGAGAACGCGAGUCUCCGCGAGGCCACGAAGAACCUGGAGGACCAAUACGGCAAGCUGAGAGGAGAAGGCGACGGCCAGAAGCUAGAGAUCGACACGCUAAGAUCAAACUUGGACGCAGAGAAGGCAGCUGCUGCCAAACUAAAGUCAGACCUCGAAACGUGCCAGGCUGAAAACGACAGGUUGCAAGCGCAGUUGAACGAGUUGAAGAAGGAUUUAGACAAACUGAGAACAGAGAACGAUCGCAUGAAGAACGAGAUCGAUGACUUAAAGAAGGCUCUCGCGGACGCAGAGGCAAGGGUGAAGUCUCUCGAAGGCGAACUUUCAGAUCUGCUAGCGGAGAAAGAGGAAUUGGUCAACGAACUCUAUCGUCUUCGAGAUGAGCUGAAGAAUCUCAAGAACGAUCUGCAGAGGCAGACGACCGCCAAAGACGCGGCUACCAAAGAGCUAGCCGAUCUCAAGGAUGAACUGGCAAACCUGAGAGCAAUGCUGAGCAAGAGUCGCGAUGAAACCGAAACGCUAAAGAACGAGAACCAGAAGCUGACUAUGGAUUUAGACGAGUUGAACAAGCUAUUGGAAGCUCUCAGAAACGAAAACACGAAGCUUCGGACCGAGAACAGUGAUGUGACGAGCAAGAACGAAGAACUGACAGCGGAGCUGGCUAGAGUGAAGGAUAAAUUAAAAGACGCUGAAAAUAAUUUGAAUAAUCUGAUUAAGGAGAACAAGGAUUUGAAGAACCAAAUUGCUAAUCUCGAGAAUGUAAUAAAGGAGCUCGAAGCUUUGAAGAAACAGUUGGAAGAUGCUAAGAAGGAGCUAGAUAAGCUGUUACCAGAGCUGGACAGGUUGAAGUUAGAGAAGGCAAAACUGGCAGAGGACUUGGUCAAGGCUACGAACGAAUCGUCCAAGUUAAGGGGCGACUUGGAUAAAUUGAAGAAGGAUCACGAAGCUUUGCAAUCGGAAUUAGGUGGUCUGAAGGAGGAGAUGGAGAGACAGAAGGAGCGCGAUACAGCGAUGGAAAAGGAAUUGGUCAGGUUGAAGAAGGAGAACGACCAGUUGAAGAAUGGCAAUGCGAAAUUGAAAAACGAGUUAAAGGAUUGCCAGGAUGAGAAUCAAAGGUUGCGAGGUGAACUCCAGGAUUUGAAGGCGAAUAAUGCAAAGUUGCAUAGUGAUUUAAGCAAGGCGAAGAAUGAUGCUGAUAGGUUGAAGGGUGAUCUGGAUAAAUUGAAGAGCGAUUAUGCAGACUUAACGACAGAAUUAGCUAAUGCAAGGGAAGAGAAGAAGAGACAAAAGGAACACGAUUCCACGUUAAGUGCAGAUUUGGCGAAGAUGAAGAAGGAGAACAACGAGCUGAAGAAUGCAAACGCAAAACUGAAAAGCCAGUUAUACGACUGCCAGAAGGAAUUGGAAAAUUUAAAGAGAGAAAAUGCGAAACUGAAGAAGGCUGCAGGUUUGAUAACUACCACGGUAGCGUUUCGAUUGUUUGGGCUUUCGUUAUUCAAAUUAGACGGCGAGGGGUCUUGGUCUUUUGACGAAGUAGCUUUGCAAAUUCGAGCAGAGAGGCUAAUGGACGGCUGUUUAAUAUUUGCCUCCAAUGAUUCUUUGAUAGGAUUAGGUAAUAUCGAGGGAAUGAAGUAUUGUCUUAUAGUGAAUUAA